GGCGAGAGUGCGUGCGUGCAGCCACAGGCAGGCGUCGGCACCAUGUCUUCUUUCACCGGCACGCAGGACAAGUGCGCGGAGUGCGACAAGACCGUCCACUUCAUCGACCUCCUCACGGCCGACGGCGUCACCUACCAUAAGACAUGCUUCAAGUGCAGCCACUGCAAAGGGAUCCUCUCGAUGUGCAGCUACUCUUCCAUGGACGGUGUGCUGUACUGCAAGACCCACUUCGAGCAGCUCUUCAAGGAGACCGGGAGCUUCUCCAAGAACUUCACGCCAGGUGGCAAGUCUUCAGACAAGGGUGAACUGACAAGGGCCCCCAGCAAGCUAUCAUCUGCGUUUUCUGGUACUCAGGAUAAGUGUGCAGCUUGCCAGAAAACAGUGUACCCGCUGGAGAAGUUAACUCUGGAAGGCGAGUCCUACCACAAGAGCUGCUUCAAGUGCUCGCACGGGGGCUGCAUCCUCACCACCUCCUCCUACGCCGCGCUCAACGGCGUUCUGUACUGCAAGAUCCACUUCGCGCAGCUGUUCAUGGAGAAGGGGAGCUACAGCCACAUGAUGAAGAAGAGCCCGUCCCAGGAUACGCUGCCGGACAUGGCAGCCGACGAGCAACCGCCGGAACCGGCGCCACCGCAAGACGGGGAAGGAGAGGACAACUAGGAGGAAGGGACCGCCACCAAUAUAUAUCACACACACACACACACACUCACACAUUCUCACACUCAAGUCUGCGUUUGCCAUUUUUCUUUUCUUUUUCUCUACGACUUCGUUAUUCCCUCCUUUCAUCUAUCUCUCCGUGAACUCGGUUUGUCGUCCAGCUGGCUGUAAGUGUACCAGAUGCCUUCGUUACGUCUGAUGAGGCUCAUGACAAUGGCGAUUUUGGCAUGGAGUUGUGUUAGCCUCGCGGAAAAACUGUAACUGUGUAAGCAGAACUGCUAUAUAUUGUUCCUAACAAUGUUGUCCUU